AUGGAUGUCGCAGCGCUCCGGGAACGGAUCCAAGCCACCCUCAACACCAAUGCCGACUCUCGACAACAGGCAGAGGCGGACCUGAAAUUCGCAGAGGAGCAGCCUGGAUUCGUAAAUGCGCUGUUGGAUAUUUUGCAGGCAGAGCAGGACAAUGGAGUUCGACUGUCUACGGUGGUGUAUCUGAAAAAUCGAGUUACUCGAGGAUGGGCCCCUGCCGAAGAACAAUCCAUUCAUAAAGCUAUCCCAGACGAAGAUCGAGCUCCAUUCCGAGCCCGUAUUAUCCCCUUGCUCGCGUCCUCCCCACCUGCCGUUCGAUCUCAGCUGGCCCCGAUCCUAUCCAAGGUCCUCCAAUACGAUUUCCCUUCAAAAUGGCAUGACUAUAUGGACGUGACUCUUCAGCUACUCAAUACCAACGACGCAAACUCAGUUUUUGCAGGCUUGCAGUGUCUGUUGGCAAUAUGUCGUGUUUACAGAUUCAAAGCGAGCGACAAGAGGGGGGAUUUCGAGAAAGUGGUAGAAAUUUCAUUCCCGCGAUUACUGGCUAUUGGCUCUUCACUUGUCGAUGAAGAAAGCAUCGAAGCGGGAGAGAUGCUACGGACAGUUGUCAAGGCAUAUAAGAAUGCCACCUAUUUUGAAAUGCCAAGUUUCCUAAUGACCCAUCAAGCAACGGUGGAUUGGUGUACUCUAUUCUUGAGAGUCAUUGGAAAAAUCCCUCCAGCGAGUUCUAUGCUAGAAGACGUAGAUGAGCGGGAGCUUAACCAUUGGUGGAAGGCCAAAAAAUGCUCAUAUGCCAACUUGAACCGCCUAUUCGUUCGGUAUGGUAACCCCAAUCUGCUUGGGAAGCCCGGCUCGAACAGAUAUGCACAAUAUGCGAAGUCUUUCAUCUCGACAUUUGCUCCCGAGAUUCUGAAAGGCUACUUGGGAGAAAUCGAUAAGUGGGUUAAUGGCCAAUGGCUAAGCAAGCCUGCGCUUUCUUAUACAUUGGUCUUUCUGCAAGACUGUGUCAAGCCAAAGAUUACGUGGGACCAUUUGAAACCCCACAUGGAUAAUCUAAUUCAGCACCUGGUUUUCCCAGUCCUCUGCCAGACCGAUGAAGAUAUUGAACUUUUCGAGACGGAUCCUUCUGAAUACCUGCAUCGCAAGUUGAACAUAUAUGAGGAGGUUUCUGCACCGGACUCUGCAGCAACGAACUUUCUCGUAGCACUCACACAAAGCCGGAAGAAGCAAACAUUUUCCAUUUUGAGUUUCAUUAACGGUGUUGUGAGCAAGUACGAGUCGUCUCCGGAUGAACAAAAACUUCCUCGCGAAAAGGAGGGCGCCCUUCGCAUGAUUGGUACAUUGGCUUCCGUUAUCUUGGGAAAGAAAAGUCCUAUUGCCGACCAAGUCGAGUACUUUUUCGUACGCCACGUUUUCCCGGAGUUUAAAAGCCCCCAUGGUUAUCUCCGCGCACGGGCUUGCGAAACUUUGGAAAAAUUUAGCGAGCUAGAUUUUAAGGACACCAACAAUCUCAUGGUUGUUUAUAGAAAUAUUUUGGAUGCGUUGGCCGACCCUGAGCUUCCUGUGAGGGUAGAAGCCGCGCUUGCCCUCCAGCCACUUAUUCGCCAUGACCCUAUCCGAACGUCCAUGCAGACUAGCAUCCCACAAAUCAUGCAACAACUCCUCAAGCUCUCUAACGAAGUUGAUUUGGAUCCCCUAGCAAGCGUCAUGGAAGACUUCGUGGAGGCGUUCUCGGCGGAACUCACUCCUUUUGCGGUGGCUUUGUGCGAGCAGCUGAGAGACAAUUACAUGCGUAUUAUUGGAGAAAUGCUAGAUGAACGAAAAAAUAGCUCCAAAGACGAUGAAGACAUUUACGGCGAUUUCCUAGAUGACAAGAGCAUCACCGCCUUGGGAGUACUCCAAACCAUCGGAACGCUCAUUUUGACCUUGGAAAGCACGCCAGAUGUUCUUCUGCACCUCGAAACCAUAUUGAUGCCUGUUGUCACAAUUACUCUUGAAAAUAAACUCUAUGAUUUGUAUACUGAGGUCUUUGAGAUCGUCGAUUCUUGCACUUUCGCUGCCAAGUCCAUCUCUCCAACGAUGUGGCAAGCUUUUGUCCUCAUGCACAAGACUUUCAAAUCCGGAGCGGAAUUGUAUCUCGAAGAUAUGCUGCCUGCUUUGGAUAAUUUUGUCACCUUUGGCUCGCUUACGUUGACACAAAACCCUGCUUACCUUCAAGCCCUCGUUGGCAUGGUUGAAGAUAUUUUCCACGAUGAGAAGGUUGGAGGUGUUGAUAGAAUCUGUGGGUGCAAACUUGCAGAGGCUCUGAUGCUUAACCUUCGAGGGCACGUCGACCAAUAUAUCCCAACAUUCAUCUCAUUAGCGAUGGCGGUCUUGAGUUCGAAUGAGACACAUGCGAAAUCUUACCGGAUUCACCUUAUGGAGAUGGUUAUCAAUUCCAUAUACUAUAAUCCUCUAUUAUCGCUUCAGGUAUUGGAGUCCAAGGAAUGGACCAAUAAAUUCUUCAGUACCUGGUUCUCCAAUAUGGACUUGUUUAAUAGGGUCCAUGACAAGAAGCUUUGCAUCGUUGCCAUCAGCGCAUUGUUGACCUUACAAGCAAAUGAUGUACCCGCAAGCGUGCAACCGGGCUGGCCUCGCCUUCUCCAAGGGGUUAGCAAGCUUUUCCAGACCCUUCCAGCUGCCCUGAAGCAUCGCGAAGAAGCUACCAGUCAUGUUGAUUUAAGCUACUAUGAAGGGGAUGAUGAUGAUGACGACCCAACCAAUGAUUGGAGUGGCGAAGUAGAGUGGACAGCGCAAGAUGGAGACGAAGGCCCUGAUGGAGACCUUGACGAUGAGAGCCAAUCUUACGUUGAGUUUUUAAACCAAGAAGCUAUGAAAUACUCAGCGAUGCCCGAAGAUGAUGAUGACCUUGAUGAGGAGAGUUUGCUUGAGAGUCCGUUGGAUAAAAUUGAGCCAUACAGCUUGUUCAAGAAUGUUUUGAUGAAUCUACAACAAGAACAGCCCGCCCUUUACGAAAACCUGACCAAAAUCCUCAAUUCCGAAGAGCAACAAAUCAUCCAGACCGUUGUCAACGAAGCCGAUGCGAAGGCAUUGGAUUUUGAGAAUGCGAAUGCUGCGGCAGCGGCAGCGGCAGCCGCCGCAGCACAAGCAAAUGGUGGCGCAUAA